AUGACCUCAGUCGGUACAUCAACAAAAAAAUCAAUUUCUAAAGAUGAAUGGGAACAACGAUUAGCCAAAGUCAAAGUCAAUAAACAAGACCUCAAUCGACUGGUAAUGAACUACCUUGUUAUUGAAGGCUACAAAGAUGCGGCAGAACAAUUCAGUCUUGAAAGCGGACUGCAGCCUACCAUUGACCUAGAAUCCAUUCAAGAGCGCAUGGACAUUCGACACGCGAUCCAGUCGGGUGAUGUCGACACUGCUAUUGAACUUGUUAACGACGUGAAUCCAGAAAUCCUCGAUACCAACCCAGAACUCUUCUUCCACCUACAACAACAACGACUGAUCGAAAUGAUUCGCAACGGGGACUUUGCCGAAGCGCUAGAUUUUGCAGCAGAAGAGAUGGCACCACGAGGCGAAGAACAUCCCGAGUUUCUCCAAGAGCUGGAACGGACCAUGGCACUGCUUGCGUUUCAAAAUGUUACAGGUUCGCCCGUGGCCGACUUGCUGCAUCCUGGUCAACGACAAAAGACAGCGAGCGAGCUGAAUGCAGCCAUCUUGGUCAGCCAGUCGCGAGAAAAAGAUCCGAAGCUGCCAAGUUUGCUGAAAAUGCUCAUGUGGAGUCAGGAGCAGCUUGAUGAACGAAUGACCUAUCCGCGCAUCGAGGAUUUCGUUUCGGCUGAUCUGUUUGAAGUUACCGGCUUGAGCUGUACGAGUUUGUUUGAAAAGGUACUUUUGCCAGAUCCCGGUAAACCGACCAGUAUCAAAACGCGGUUAUUCAUUGCACCAAGUGUAGAAAGCAAGACUUAA